UAGAAAUCUUCUGUUUAUUUUAUUUACUGCCAAAUCAGACCACACGAAAAUCACAGUUUUCAUCGUUACUGAAAGAAAUCUCUUUUCAUCGGUGGUCGAAUCAAAUUACAUAUUCGAUUAUGUUAAACACAAUCGAAUGAUAAUAGAUGACGACUAAAAAAUGUAGAGUUUUCGUCUAUUACUGAUAGAAUUUUUUUUAUUUACUGUCAAAAUCAUAUUACCCGAAAAUCACAGUUUUCAUCGUUAUAAGAAGAAAUGUCUUUUUAAUAGUGGUCGUAACAAAUUACAUAUUCGAUUAUGUUAAACACAAUCGAAUGAUUAUGGAUGGUUAUUUGAAUAGCACUUUCAUCUAUUAUUGGUAGAAAGCUUCCUUUUUUUAUUUACUGUCAAAUCAAAUAGAAGUCGGUUAUGUUUCGAAAGAAGCGAGUGGUAAUCGUUUAUCGCUAAAAAGACCAAGUUUUCAAGUAUUAAAAAGGCAGUCCGGCGCACAAAGCGUUCUCGUUGAGCGAGGGUCUGGAGAAGAGUCCCACCACAAGGGUGUAUUGUAGGCAAAUCUUACCUUGCAGAAAUAUCUGCAAGAGGUUGCUUCCAGGACUCGAACCCAUGACCUUAAGGUCACAACGGUAACACUUUAACCGGUUUUUGUUGGAAUGGAGGAUUUGGAUUUAACUCUCAAGCUUGGUUUGCCGAUGAGCAACCAAAUCGUUGAUUCCGACAAGGGUCCGACAAUCGGCACCGGAAGCAACGGCGAUGCAACGACCAAGGUGGACAUCAAUCUCAUGGUCUCCGAUUACAUCAUGCAAAAAUUUUCCGGCGCCGGAAAACAUUUUACCGGCGGUAGCUCCGGCUCCGGGGAAUACUUUCCCGGUGGUAGCUCCGGGGGAUACUUUGCCGGAGGUAGCUCCGGCUCCGGGGGAUACUUUCCCGGUGGUUUCUCCGGGGGGUACUUUUCCGGUGGUUGCUUCGGGGGACACUUUGCCGGCGGUAGCUCCGGCUCCGGGGAAUACUUUCCCGGUGGUUGCUCCGGGGGAUACUUUUCCGGCGGUAGCUCCGGCUCUGGGAUAUACUUGCCCGAUGGUAUCUCCGGCGACAUGAACCCCCGCCGUGAUCCGCCGGCUCCUGCUGCCGUACCGGUCAUCGGGAAUGAAUUCGUGCUGAUCGAUGUUCCGGAGAGAAGAGCCCAACGCGAACGCGCGUUAGCAAACGCAAACGCAAACGCAAACGCAAACGCAAACGCUGGAUACAACAUUAAAGCGUCGUCGUUAGUGAAAAGAUGUACCAAUUUCAACUGCAACACUUCUGAUACUCCUAUGUGGCGCAAGGGUCCCCUCGGCCCAAAGUCGCUAUGCAACGCUUGUGGGAUAAAGUACAGGAAGGAGGAGGAGAGGAGGAAGGCAAGGGCGGAGGCUGCAAACAACAACAGAGAGGCAGACGAGCCUGGGACCCAGAACAACCCUAUUUACAUCAACUUUGCCGAUUAAUAUCGUUAUAAUUAUGGGACUACCAUUAAAAAAAAAAAACCUUUCAUUAUUUAAUAAUAUUUUCCAUAAAUAUAUAUAUGUGAUCUUGAUCAUAUAUUAUAUAUUAUCGUUGUGGUUUCUAUGUAUUCUGGAUGCUGCCGUGUUUUGUGUCUGUUUUUCCCUUUUGUGGAACACCUUCGUAAUGUUAUGAAUAAUUU